CACUCUUCUUUACAGCUGCAGGUCAUUGAGGGUCGCAGCAUCCAUGCACAGCUCUCUGAGCUCUGAUCUUUGGUUCAGGUGCAGCUUUGCAAACCUAAGUCAAGCUGGCGUGCUCUUUCACCUGGCAGCUCUUCCAACCACGCCAUACUUUUCCAUCCAUUCAUUUCCUGCCACCUGUGUCCGGAUCGUGGCAGCAGCUGUCUAAGCCCAGGCUUCCCUCGCUCACACCAGCCAGGAGCUGUGAUCCCGGCUCUGUCCUGGGGCCUCCGUCAGUACGACGUGCUUCAAACGCCCAGCAGGAGCCCAAACCUCCUCGACUGGCUCCUCUCGAUGUGGAGCAGCGGUUCAGGUGAACAAUGAGCCAGCCGGUGAUGACGCAGCCUCAGCAGCUCUUUGUUUCCUCGCUGGAAGCUGAUUGGGCUUCAGGGAUCUGCGACUGCUGCGAUGACAAGAAGCAAUGCUGCUUUGCCUUCUGGUGCUGUCCCUGCUUCGCCUGUCGAACCACCAAACAGUUCGGUCAGUGUCUCUGUCUCCCCCUGCUGGACGUGUUCGGCUGCGUCCAUCCCAUCACGAUGUCCAUCAGGGUGUCGUUGCGUCAGCGCUACGGCAUCAAAGGGAAUCUCUGUACCGACUGUUUGUGCUCCACCUUCUGUCUGCCCUGCGUUUGGUGUCAAAUGGCCACCGAGAUGAAGAAGCAGAAGCUCCCCACCAUGUUCAGUGACAUCAUCAGCCAGUGAUGAUGUCAUCAGCAUGAAGUCAUUGCCCCAGACCGGCCCGUCACAGCCCAGCUCCGCACCAGCAGAAAUCAAUAAUCAAUGAUCAUCAGUGUUUACUGCAUUUAUCACUUAUUUGUUUUUAACAAAUCUGUUGUUUUGUUCUGUUGUUCAUCUGUUUACUCGAUUUAAAUGGUUGUUAGCUUAAAUUCAUUAAAAUUAAAUUCAUGCUUGUGACUGAGCUUAAAGAUGAAUCGAGACUGUGGAGAGAAGCUCAGCUCAGAUCUGAUAUUUAAUCAAUGCACAAAUAUUCAGUUCGUGUGAGCUUUGGAAGGUGAUUUCAGGAUUCAGAAUUUACAUGAAAUCAUUUAAAUGAUUUUACACAAUUCAAGUUUGGCUUCUAGCCAAAUUCAUUACUGACAAAAUAAAAACCUUUAACUUUAAAAAA